AUGGGAUUCAAACGGCGGCAGGAGUGCGAUUCGGUCGGCAGCGUGCGUCCAGGUCGACGCAGUUGGGAUCGGGAGACAAGAAAAAUAAAAUUAGGCCUGGUCGAGUCGAGCUGGCAGAGAUGGGAGAGAGCAGAUGGAUGGGUGUUGGCGAGGGCAGCGGGUGCGAGUGGGAAGAGGUCAAGUCGACGCUGGUACAGGCACGGAGUAGCUGGUGCUGAUGGUGCGAAUGGUCCGGCUGGCACUGCGGGGCAAGGCACGAACGAGGCGGCGGCCGAUUCAAAUGCUGGCUGGCUCAAUGUCGAACGGGAGCUGGAGCUGGAGCUGGAGCUGGGGCUGGUGCCGGUGCUGGUGCUGGUCGAGCGGGUGACUCGAGGUGACAGGCGACAGGCGACAGGCGAUAGGCGACCGACUUGA